UAUAUAUAUAUAUAUAUAUAUAUUUAUAUAAUUUAUAUAAAGUUCACACAUGUUUAGUUCGUUAAUUGCGUGUCGGCGUUGAGACGUGUUCGGACUUUUAAUCGGCGUCUAUUUAAUUGCUUAGAGGUCGUAAUGUUUAUUCAAAACACCGAAAUUACUUAUUCACACUACGCCAUCUACUUUUAUAAGCUGAAAUUAUAUUCCCUAGUCUAAUUAGAUACUCAUCGAGUCGUGCUAACGAAUUAGGUACGACCAAGAUCAAACCGCUCUAGCAUUUGCUGCACAGUCAUUGGCAAUAUAAUAUGGGGUGCACGGCGUCUAAUGUCAAUGGUAGUAAUCACCAAAAGAGACCGUCUUCAGCAAAAGUUCAACCUGUUAGAUCGUCUCUCCGGUUGAGUAACAAGGACACUGCAAUCCAGGAUAGACGACUUUCAAAUUCUAUUUCCUCAGACAACGAAGAAUAUCUUGACCCGAAUAGUCUAACGACUAAGGAUCCGCUUCUCUUAUUUCGCAAGUGGUUCGAAGAGGCCCAAUACAGUGAGGGAGUACACUUGGCCACGUCUAUGACGUUGGGUACUUGUAGUAAAAAAGGUAUUCCGUCUUCUAGAAUUGUAGGUGUAAAAGGCUUUGACUCUGAAGGCUUUAAAAUUGCGACAAAUAAAUACAGUAGGAAAGCCCUUGAUAUGAUGGAAGUACCCCAUGCUUCUUUAAUGUUUUAUUGGGAACCUAUGAACAGGAUGGUAAGAAUAGACGGUCCAGUAGACCUGCUCACUGAAGAACAAGCCGUUGAAAUAUGGAAAUCUUUACCUAGAGCAGCUCAAUUAAUUCACUAUGCGAGUGAUCAAGAUAAGUACUUGUCGAGUCGGCAAGAUUUCAUUGAUAGGAGGAGAAGGUUAGAAAAUGAAUUUGGAGAUUCUACCCCAAUACCGAAAAAUCCUGACUGGGUUGCUUUUAACGUUCGACCGGAAAAAUGGGAAUUUUAUCAAGUAUCAUCCGAUUUACCCGAUAGGUUACUGUUUACCAAGGAAAAUGAUGCCACCAUAGAUGGCGUCUUUUGUCAGGCAAGAACCAACGAUUGGCUUAUAUUUCGCCUUAGCCCGUGAUGUUACGAUUUGUAAACGAUCUUAUUAUAUUCAAAAAUUCUUGCACAAUCAAAUCAGUGUAUUCCUAAUAAAAGAAAACCCUCUCUCUCUCUUCCGUUCUUUCACAAUAUUUCUCUCAAUUCCCUAGCAAAGAUAGUUUGUACUCUUUCGAGUAAAAGGCGAAUGUUUGUCAAAAUAAAAAUAAAGAAAGAAUAUAAUGAUAUGCACAGUGAAAACUGAAUGUUUUCUAUUAUUUCUAGUAUAAGUAAAUAAAUAUACACAAUAUAAAAAAAUAGAUGAAAAUAUAUCUUGGUGAAGAAAUCUAUAAUAAACAGAGAAAGCUGGUAUAUUUAAGGAAAAGGAGGUUGAAUCUUGAGAAUGAAAAUUAUCAGUUACACAAAAUUGCGUCCGUUUCCCCUACAAUUCACUUCCCGAAAUACCGGAAGGAGUAUGUAUGUCGACCAUAAUUAACAACUUCCAAUACGUUAAGGAAAUGCUUCUACAGGCGUCUCUAGAAUAUUAAGGUUAAAAAAUUCUAUUUCUGUAGUAUAAAGGCUUAUACCCUUGAAUUAUCCUUCAGAUAUAUUAAGUAUAUUAACUAUGUUAAAUAAAUACAACAACUGCCUAUAUUAGAGACCAAGUAGAUAGCUAAAAAGAAAAUUUGCUGUAAAGAAGAAAAAACGCGAGUAGACGCCUUCUUUUUUCUUUAGGAAAAGUUCAUUCGUAUCGUGCAGCAAUGUUAGAAUCUGUAACGAAGCUAACUAGGCACAGGCAUGCAAUUAAUAAAGCCUUAAGUCUGUGGCCUUUUAGAGUUCUGACACGGGUAACUGGUUCUGUUUUAAAAAAUAUUUAGGAGAUAAUUGUGAAUAAAGCGUAUACAUAAGUUAAAACAAAUAUAUACGACAGUUUAAUUAUAGAUUAAGGUAAAUGAUUAGCAAGAAAAGGAAAAGAAGAAGAGAAAGGGGAGCAUAACACCCGUUUAAUUAUUAAUAAUCUUUCACUCAACGAAAAUAGUAACAUGGGCGAGAUGAAUACAAUUUUGAAAGAAGAUAAAAAGCAGGAGAAAAUUACUCAACAGAGAAGAGAAAUAGGCUUUUGUUAACAGUAAACGUUUUUGUAGAUUUUUCUAUUGGUUGCCUCGUCUCUUUUUAAAAAUGUAUAGUCGUCUAUAAAGCAGCUUUGAAGAAUAGUGUGAUUCUUUGCAGCCUUCGUACCAAACACUUAUUACUUUCGCUUUCGCAUAUUUAUCAUCUUUUUCCUCAUUCACUUUUUUCUAUGCUAUACUAUAAAAGAGCUGGCUCUUCGUCCCCGCGGUCCUGUGCAGACUGCAGCAGCAGCACUUAUACUCGGGAAAAAGCUAUAUCUCGAGUCUGAAGGUGACACAUCGCCUGUUACAAAAGUACUACUUCUCGUUUCUAUUCUGACUAUUGGUGGAUCACCUUCAGCUGACGAACGAUGUCCAAGUAUAAAAGGACUUAGAAAUUGUGCUGGGUCAGCCGAAAAUCCCCCUGACGCGCGAAUCAAUGAAUAAACUGCAAAAGGUGUCAAAAGAGGUUGCGACCAAGCUAACAUAGAUAAAAAUUGAAAAGUUUCUGGAGAUGCGUUUACCCAGGGCUCUAUUGCAUACAGACCUAAUAGGGGCAGACACAUAAUAAUAAAGAGAGUCGUAUAGGUCGUCAGUAUUCGCAGUUUGUAAUUCAUCAUUCUGACGGUUUCUCUUAUAUUUCUCUUGUCGAUCAUGACCGAUCGUCUCCUUUGAGAAUAAGUUUGUACUGUUGGGUCAAUAGAGACAGUCGCUCGAACAAGUGUAGAUAAUCUGUAAUAAUUGCAACGUGACACAUCAUUUGACAUUCGGCGGAGAAAAGAGAUUGUCAUUAAAGUUGCCAUAGAUUCCAAUAGUAACCAAACCACGUGCAAAACAUAAUUGCUUGUUACGCCAGUAACAAACUGGCACUGUUCUGCUGAUCUUCCUCCAGGCAUAAAAGCAACUCCCAGGUUUGUGAUAAUUGCGGCAAACCAGAUAACGACUAGGGCAAACCACACACAGCAACAGUUUUGAGAUGCGUUCACUCCUAAAGUUAUAUCCGAGAAGGAAUAUACUUCAUUCAUUACAAUAGUCAGCAAGUUGAAUGAAGCGCAUGUGACUAAGACUAUGUAAGUGCCUGCCAAGGCACUACAAAUAGUUGGUGGCUCGACUUCAAUAAUAGAGAAGGGAAUGCAAUAUGCCGAUCUUAUAGCAUCCAACAAACAUUGAUGCAAAAGGAAAGCGUUUACAGGUCUCCUUAAAUUUGGUAAAAAACAAAAAACGAGUAGUAAUACAAGGUUUGUUAGAAUACCUGUACAAGCUAUACUGCCCAUCAACCAACUCUCCGUCCUUGUUGUUGCAUUACUAAACAUACUGUUCGGUUUGUGUCAGCUUGAUAAAACUUCAAAUAGAAUUCACGCGAAAAAGUAUACUAAAGAGCAGCACGGAGACAAGAAACGAAGUAACAAAAGGAUGCAAGGGCACCAGGCGCCCAGAUACGAUCGCUUGUCGGCCGAUCAAGUCUCAAUUUACGAUCAAUUCCGGCCGACGAUCCAAGAAUUUUUUUCGUAUUUCGAUCGAUGAAGAUGGAAUUAAACCUCUUUUCUAUCCCUUUCCGUUGCCACAACACUUUCCUUUAACGAACGCAUCAGGUGCAUUUUACUUUGCAGGCAAUGAGUUUUCUUCUUUUUUUAUUUCGUCAAAACGAAAUUUAGUUGUAAUCCAACUUGACUAUAUUAAAUUCUUU